AUGGACCCCGAUCUCUCAAACGCGAUGUCUAUGCAUCCCAGUCCGUUUAGGCGGUCCACGAGUAUCCCCCCGCGGCCAUCCACCCGCACUACUGCCUUUGAACCCGUCAAUCCAGAUGAUGCAGCGAUAUCAGAAACCACUGCCCGGCACAUCUCGACCUUAGGGCCCGAUGGUGAGGUGGAAAGCCAAAUGACCGGCCGUUUGCCCCGAGGCAGUUCCGAGAGCGAUCCCUAUGGCUUGAGCACGGGGUACAAGACUGCCUCGGAGCUCGAGGCGAUCAAGGCAAACUCUUCAAAGAAGCGGGAUUCCAGGCCCUCAGGUGCCGGGGCCGGAGCGAGGGCUGACAAGGAGAGAAGCCAGGGCCUCGGCGGAGGACUGGUCGGCGGCAAGUUCGGGUCGCUUCUCCCUCGAACGGGCCAGACGGCUCUCCAGGCACGCCGCGUGACGAGUUUCUACGAGGCGCAAAACGAGACCAUCGAGCGGCUACUCAGGUCGGUCGAGGAGCACCGGGCGGCUGCGCGGCAGGAGCAGGGAGACAACCAGAUGAAAUUCCGGAUUGCCGUCUGGGGUUCCUUCGUCGCCAACGUGAUCCUGGCCAUCCUGCAGCUGUAUGGCGCCAUCUCGUCCGGCUCGCUGUCCCUCUUCACCACCAUGGCGGACGCGAUCUUCGACCCUCUGAGCAACGUCACCCUAAUUAUGUCAGCCCGAGCGGUGCGGCGCGUGGAUCCCAGGCGGUUCCCCAGCGGCAAGGCCCGGCUCGAGACGGUCGGAAAUAUCGUUUUCUGCUUCUUGAUGACGGCCGUGUCUUUCAUACUCAUUGCCUUCGCCAUCCGCGAGCUCGCUGAGCACGCCGGCGACAACACCCUCAACAGGUUCCAUCUGCCCUCUGUGAUCGCUGUCGUCGUCGCAUUCGCGACGAAGCUGGUGCUGUUCCUGUACACUUGGUCUAUCAAGGACAAGUACAGUCAGGUCCGCAUCCUCUGGCUGGACCACCGCAACGACCUGCUCAUCAACGGCUUUGGUAUCCUGACCAGCGUCGGCGGUAGCAAGCUGGUCUGGUGGCUCGACCCGGCAGGCGCCAUCCUGUUGUCCAUCAUCGUCUCGGCCAACUGGCUGCGUACCGCCUUCACCGAGUUCCUGCUGCUGGUUGGCGUCGUCGCCAACGUCGAGAUUCAGCAGCUCAUCACUUACGUCUGCCUCACGCACUCGCCCGAUAUCCGCCAGAUCGACACGGUCCGCGUCUACCACUCGGGCCCCAGGCUAAUCGCCGAGGUCGACAUCGUCAUGGACCCUCAGUCCACCCUUCAGGACACCCACGACGUCGCCGAGGAGCUGCAGUUCAAGCUCGAGAGCCUGCCCGACGUUGAGCGCGCCUACGUCCACGUCGAUUACGAGACGACCCACAAGCCGGAGCACGCGUAUAAGAAGGACAUAUAA